AUGUAACACUCUAAUGAAGCUGAUUUUAUGAAAGAUGAGUUCAAUUAUCAAUUCACUUAAUAAUAUACCGAAUAAGAAAUGCUAGAAAUUAUUAUCCAACAACAGGGUAUCCUUGAUAUUUUUGAUGAACUUGUUGUAAUCAAUGUUGAAGCACAUGCUGAAAAAAAGCAGCCAAAAUUAUGCGAAAGAAGAAUGAAGAAGAUUAAAAAAACUAGUAAAUUUACAGCACAAUUAUAAGGCAUAAGGAAUAUAAAUAGUGGAUGUGCUAAAUUGUUUAAGAUGAAAUUAAAUAAUGACAGAACCAUUUAUUAAUUGAAAUAAAUUUCAAAAUAUUGA